AUGGCCACACUGGGGCUGUGGUGGAGCGGCUGCAGCCUGCACCCAGCCCUGUCCGAGGAGGGGUCUGAUGUGCCUGAGAGCGGCCAGAAGGAGCUGAUCCUUAAAAAACCUCAUCCUGAAGGGACGAUCCUGGGAGCAAGGGAGAGACAGGACGGGCUCCAGUCCCGUCCUCCCCUCCGCUUCUUCGCGAGUUACAAUAAGGGAAGCCCCGGAAGGCGCUUUGGGGAGAGCGAGAAGGCGAGCGGGGCAGGGAUGCUCCCCCCGCCAGGCUGUGGAUGGCACAGCCCGCCCGCCCCGCGCGGCCGAACCCGGAAGGUGGCGGCGCACAUGGGAGCGGGGGCCGGGACCGGCAUCGGCACCGGGAUCGGGAUAGGGAACGGGGCGGGAGGAGCCGCCGGGGCGCUGGGCGCUGUCGUGGCUGCUCUCUACACGGCCACGCUGCCGCCCGCCCUGCCUGGCGGGGAUGCGGGUAAAGUACCGGGUCACGGCAGCGGCGACGGUGGGGACCCUCGGCCCGUAGCGGCUGGUGCCUCGCGGUCAGGCUUCGGCAGGGGGGAGCUGAUCACAGCCGCAUAUGAGCUUGGAGUCGCCCACCCUCCGGGCUACCCCCUGUUCACGCUGCUGGCCAAAGUGGCCACGGGGCUGCCCUGCGGCUCCCCCGCCUUCCGAGUCAAUCUCCUCUGCGGCUUGGUGGGAGCAGCUGCUGCCUCUUUGCUUUUUUGCACGGUUUUCAGGCUUUCUGGCUCAUAUGCUGGAGGAAUCCUUGCUGCGGGGGUGUUUUCAUUUUCUCGUCUAACAUGGCAGUGGUCCAUCACAGCAGAGGUUUUCAGCUUAAACAAUCUGUUUGUGGGGCUGCUGAUGGCUCUCACUGCUCGUUUUGAGGAGGCAUCCACUGCAAAAGAGAGAUCAAAGAUCUCUAAAUUGGGUGCCUUUUGCUGUGGGCUCAGUCUGUGCAAUCAGCACACCAUAGUGCUUUAUGUUGCUUGUGUUGUGCCCUGGGUUCUCUCACGGCUUUUCAGGAAGAGGGAAUUGUCCCUAGGCCAUUUGCUGAAGUUGGGUUUAUGCUUCUUGGCUGGUUUGCUGCCUUAUCUCUAUCUGCCGGCUUCAUCCUACCUCAAUCGAGCCCGCUGGACAUGGGGAGACCAGACGACUUUUCAAGGGUUUCUGACCCACUUUCUGAGGGAAGAAUAUGGGACAUUCAAUCUGGCCAAAUCCGAGACAGGAUCCAGUAUGGGAGAGAUGUUGCUUUUCCAGCUGGUGCAGAUGAAGUCAGAGCUCUCCCUCCCUGUCCUUGCCCUGGCACUCGUGGCCUGUGUGAGCACAGCACUGCCGAAAAAGCAGCAGAAAUCACCUGUGAUCUGGCUGUUCACUGGAAUGCUCUGCCUUUAUUCCCUUUUCUUCGCUUGGAGAGCAAAUUUGGAUAUUACAAAGCCUCUGUUUCUAGGCGUGGUGGAGCGGUUCUGGCUGCAGAGCAGUGCUGUGGUGGCUGUGCUGGCAGGGCUGGGGCUGGCCACGCUGGCCAGCCUUGGGAGGAGCACUGUGCUGGAGGGCACCUGGCUGCUGCCAUGCCUGGAGUGGCUUCCUGCUCUUGCCCUGGUUGCUUCUCAAAUUUGGGCAAAUUACAGCACUUGUGAUCAGAGCAACAACUACGUUGUUGAUAAGUUUGCAAGGAAUGUGCUGUCCUCCAUGCCAACAGGGGCAGUGAUCCUGCUGAGAGGAGACUUGCCUGGGAAUGCUCUUCGUUACCUUCAUUAUUGUGAGGGCAUGAGGCCUGAUGUCACCUUAGUGGACCAGGAGAUGAUGACUUAUGAAUGGUAUCUACCCAAGCUGGCAAAGCAUUUACCUGGUGUUCAUUUUCCUGGGAACCGGUGGAAUCCUGUGGAAGGAGCAUUACCCGACGGGACACUCGCCUUUAAUCUCCAUCGUUUCCUCAAAGUAAAUAAACAUAAGGAAGUGUUUGUCUGCAUAGGCCUUCAUGAAGGGGACUCCACCUGGAGAAGGAGCCACUCGCUCUGGCCCUGGGGUACGUGUGAGAAGUUGGUUCCUUCUGGAGCUGUGUUUGACCCAGGAGAGUGGAUUCAUCUCACCAGGAAUCUCUAUAACUGGACUGAGGACUAUGGCAGUUUCAGCCCCUCUUCGUGGGAAGCUGUCGCCAACGAGGAGAUGUGGCAAGCCAGGAUGAAAACAGCUUUCUUCAUCUUUGACCUCGCAGAAACAGCCAGUGUGUCUGCAGAAAUGAAAUCACAACUUUACACAUUUGCAUACAAUUCAUACAAAGAAAUUGUCAGUUCCCAUCCCCAUCACCCAGUGAACUGGCACAAAAACUACGCCAUAGCCUGCGAGAGGAUGCUGCGCCUCGGCCGGGGGGACGUGGACCCCGAAACGCUGCUCGCCCAAACUGUGAAACAUUUCCUGCUCUACACCGAGAAGGCAGAGGAUGAUCCCCAGCGCCAGGACAUCCUGCAGGCUGUGCAGCACCUCAGGGAGGAGCUGCAGGGGCUGAGGAGGAGGAGGAAAGCGGAGCUGAGGCGCAAAGCUGGGUAGCACCUGGUCCUGGUGAAAUGCUCGAGUCGGGACUUAAAAUCUGAAUUAGUCCUUGGCAGCGUGAGAGUGGUUUUAAAAGGUGACAGGAAUGGCAGCAGAGAGGAAAUCAAGUGUGAUCCCCUCUGCAAGAACAUAGUGAUGUUUGAUUUCUGUUGCCAAAUGAACUUCUUUGAGGGUAGGAGAGAAGCUCAACACUAAAUAUCGGGUUUCAAAAAGGACGAUUUUCUUUUACAAGAAAACUAUGAGCUUAUACUGUGAAUAAUUUUUUUUAAUGAAUGCAUCAUCCAUUCUAGAUGUAAAAAUGUAUUUAGCAUUUUAUUGUCUCCUCUGUUGCUGAGCCAAGAGGUUUCCUAAAGCCAUUUUUCAUUAGC